CGGGGCGGUGAGGAGGCAAUCCUGCAGACCACAGCGGGCCAGGGCCGGACUUUCAGAGUAGUCCCGCCCUUCUCAAAGCUCCAAGCUCCGCCAGUAUUCCGCCCAUUGAUUCAGGAGCCGUUUGGGACCGCUAUGAUCAAAUAAGCAGGGAAGGCGUGCGGGAGACGAUUGUAUCCGGGCGGGGCUCUCGGUUAUAGCGCUUGUGUUGAUGCGCCUUCCGAGCGGGUAGUAACCGGGCGCCGGAGCGAAGAGAGCGGGAGCGGAACCGGCAUCUCCACCGGCGGGAGGGUGUUGCUUAAAAACAAGAGUGCAGAGGUGAGACAUUUAAAAGGGACAUCAGGGACAGCUUCUUUGUGCAAGAGUGAGAUCGGUGUUCCUGCUUCCCUCUGCUACCAUGACAGAAGAUUAACCGUCGUCUUCCAGCGAAAGCAGGUCCAGUUCCCUCGAUUUGGUCUGCUGCGAUAUCAUGCCGUCCUUUCUCCUCGAUGAAGAUGAUCAGGACUCCUCCAGCCUGGCUCUGAACGCUGGGCUGCCAUUCAAAAAUGCCGGAGUUGGGAAAAGGAACGUCAGAAUGAAGAAGAAAAAGAAAGGAGCGAUUACAGCCAACUUCUCUGGCACCAAGUAUCAAAUUGUGCGUUUGGCGAUACUGGAGGCUGGAUUCACGCGAGCGCGGGAGGAGGACGACACCGCCAACCUGAUCUGGAACGAUGCAGCCGUUCAGCAGGAGCGGAUCGCGGAUCUGAGGAACUAUCAGAGGAUUAAUCACUUCCCAGGAAUGGGGGAGAUCUGUCGUAAGGACUGUUUGGCAAGGAACAUGGCUAAAAUGAUUAAGAGCCAGUCUCAGGAAUACUGCUUCACUCCGAGGACGUGGAUCUUCCCUGCGGAGUACACUCAGUUCCAGAACUGCAUCCAGGAGCUACGGAAGAAGCGCAGGCAGAAGACGUUCAUCGUCAAGCCAGCCAACGGCGCGAUGGGUCAUGGAAUCUCGUUGAUAAGGAACGGGGAUAAACUACAGGCCCAUGAGCACUUGAUUGUGCAAGAGUACCUGGACAAGCCAUUCCUUCUGGAAGGUUACAAGUUUGACCUCCGCAUCUACAUCCUGGUGACCUCUUGCGACCCCUUGCGGAUAUUUUUGUACAACGAUGGGUUGGUACGAAUGGGCACGGAGAAGUACCACACACCCACUGAUGCCAACCUGAGCCAGUUGUUCAUGCACUUGACCAACUAUUCCGUCAACAAGCACAAUGAGAACUUUGGCCGGGCGGAGCAGGCCGACCAAGGCAGCAAGAGGUCCAUCAGGUGGUUCACCGAAUUCCUCCGAGACAAUGACUACGACGUGGCGAAGUUCUGGAAUGACGUCUCUGAGCUGGUGGUGAAGACCCUGAUAGUAGCAGAGCCCCACGUUCUGCAUGCCUAUCGGAUGUGUCGGCCUGGACAACACCCUGGCAGUAGCAGUGUUUGCUUCGAGGUGCUCGGCUUCGAUAUCAUCUUGGACCGGAAGCUGAAACCGUGGCUCCUGGAGAUUAACCGAGCUCCGAGCUUUGGAACAGACCAGAAGAUAGACUAUGAUGUGAAGAAGGGGGUUCUGGUCCACGCCUUGAAGCUGUUGAAUGUGCGCACCAGUGACCGCAGGAAGAACCUCGUUCAGCAGAAGGCAGAGGCCCAGAGACGGCUCUAUGGCCAGGGGGCAGGAAAGCGCCUGUCACCUUCCUCAUCCGAGUGGGAGAAGCAGAGACACUCACUCCAGAGGAGGAGAGAAGAGCUGAAGGAAAGACUUUCUCAAGUCCGCAAGCAGAUCUUACGGGAGGAGCAUGAAAAUCAGAACCUGGGGAAUUACAGGAGGAUCUACCCGCCCGAUGACAAGCAGCUGCUGGAGAAAUAUGAGAGGCUGCUCUGCAUUGCCUUCCAGACCUUCCUGGCGAGUAGAGCCACGUCUCUGCAGAAGGAGCUCAGCAACCCACUGAACCACAUGAAGGAAGAAGAUAUUUUGGACCUGCUGGAGCAAUGCGAGGAGGACGAUGAAAAGCUGCUGGGGAAAUCUCCUCGACAGCGGGGACCCAAGCCACUGUUCUCAAUGCCUGAGACCAUAGAGCCCACCUCAAGAAAGCACAAGGAUGACAGCAGCUCCAGUGGCAAUAGCAGCUGCUCUUCCGACUCCGAGGAUGGGGGCUUGGCAGAGAAGAAGGUCGGCGACUACGGAUCAGAAAGGAAGUUCAACUUAGAGCAAUUCAGGGAGAACAGAAUGACCACACGAGAGGACACACAAGUCUGGUCUGAGGGCAAACUGCAGCACAACAGUGGAAGUGAGCCAGAGGAGAAAGCCCAAGUCCAUCGUGUUCAACGUUGGUGCCAGCGAAGUAGGGCACAAAGGAAUCCACCGGCAUCGAGGAAAAAACCAUCCCCUUCAAUGUCACCAACUGCAUCCGUGCCAAUUCGACGUUCUACCUCCUGCCCUCGUUCCAUCGCGUCUCUGGCAAUGCAACCGCAGCCACCAGCAGCAGAGCCGCGAACGACCUCCGCCAAGCCCGUGAUGCCCUUGUCCAGGCUGGCCUCAGGUGUUCGGUCGCAGUCUUUGAACCGCAGCACCGUCACCCAGCAAAUCCCGCACAGUACCAGCCUGGGAACCAUCCACUCAGCACCGCGUGUGUCCUUUGUGAAUUUUAGAACAAAGGAACAGGAUGAAGAAUUGACCAAAGAAACACAGGUUGCACUCAACGAGAUGAGAAUCAAGUUCCCCGGGAAAUCGAAUGAAGAAGCUGAGGCUUUAAUGGAUGAGAUUCUGGACAAUUGGAAGUAUCACAAACCAAAGGUGGCUUCCUAUUGGUUGGUGAAACUGGACUCCACAAAGCAGCGCAAGGUGCUGGACAUUGUGCGGACCAAUGUUCGGGCUAUGCUGCAGAGAGUGUGGAAGGUGCAGGACGUGGAAACACUCCGACUCUACCGGAUCUUCAACCGCGUCUUCACCCGCUUGCUCUGGAGCCAUGGACAGGGCUUGUGGAAUUGUUUCUCCAACUCCGGACGGAGUUCUUGGGAAACGACGUUCAACAGGAAUGUGGAAGGCAUCACACCCCAGGAGCUGCAAUGCUGCCAGCGCUUGGUGCACCUCUGCAAGGGCUGCCUGCUCCUGGUUUACCGAUAUGCCACUGACUUCAAGGGCUCCCUGCCAGGAUUCGUGCAUGAAUGGGAGGAGCACAGGUCCCUGCCUCCCUCAGGAGUCCAACUGACCAUGAAGACCUUGCCGAUGACCUUCAGCCGUGGCCCAGCAGUCUUGCCCCGCUCCCGGAGCCUCCACACCGGAAGACUUGGCCAACAUUGACCCACCCGUAGCCAGGGUUCCUGCUUUCCUCUCACGGCGCGGAGGGGAAGCUCGGACGUCCUGGACAAGGAACUUCCCUCAGCCUGGAGGGUCCAUGGGUGGGCGAGAGGACUCCCAUCUACCACGCACAGUGAACACCCCCUCAGCCUCUCUCACCCGCUAUCUCAAACAGACUCGGGUGGUGGGCAUUGGAAUCUCAGCUUCGCUUUCAACCUGGAGUCACCUCUGGGACCUACUCUUCUUCCCUCCACCGCUCCCCCACAUCUCUGACCCUGACUGUGACAGGGAACGUGGGGGCCAGGAACGGUGAAUCAUGUGUCUUAGCUUAAAAGAAAAUCCAUAGCAAGAUAGCAAGAGAAUGUGACUUUAAAAUCCGUGCUGCUAAUUGUUACAUUAGAGUUACGCCUGCUUCGUUGGAGCUGCACUCGGUUUACCUGCAGAUAACGUUUACAUUCCUGUUAAUGCUGAGGCAACAGCCCUCUGCUUUCCUGUCUGGAUGUCAUUUGCAAAGCCAGCAUUUAUUACCAUCCCAGAAGUAUGGUGGGUCUGCAGUCCCCUACAGAUGGGGGGGGGGGGGGAGGCAGUCUUUUCUCAACCAAUAUCUGACUGGAUGACUUCUCCAACUUCCACUGAUUUUCCUGCCUCCCUCUUUCUCUCUCUUUCCAUUCCCAUCUUGGUUACCCUUUCACCUGCUCAUCACCUCCCUCUGAUUGCCCCUUUCUCCAAUAGUCCUCCUGUCCUCUCCUAUCAGAUUCCUUCUUCUUCAGCCCUUUGCCUUUUCCACCUAUCUUCUCCCAGCUUCGUACUUCACUGCCUUCUUCCCCUCCCUCUCCACCUUCUUACUCUGGCUUCUUCCCCCACCCUUUCUAGUCCUGAAGAAUGGCCUCAGCCCAAAAUGUCAACCGAUUAUUGCUGUCCGUAGAUGCUGCCUGACCUGCUGAGUUCCUCCAGUAUUUUAUGUUUAGUUCCAGAUUUGUUGACUGAAUUUAAGUUCCAUAGCAGCUGUGGUGGGACUUGAACUCACGGUGAUCAAGACAUUUGGAUUGCUGUUCCGGUCACUGAACACUGCAUCUCCACCCUACCAGAUGCUCCAGUUUGAAGGUGCUGUUAUGUAGAGCAGCAGGAGUGGUAGAUGUGGUUUAAUUCAGAAUCAGGAUUACUGUCAUUGACAUGUAGUGAAAUUUGUUGUUUUGUGGCAGCAGUACAAUGCAAAACAUUAAAUAAUUGUAUGAUAAAUUACAAUAAGAAAUGGAAAAAAAAAUAGUGCAAAAGGAGAGCAAAAUAGUGAGAUAGAGUUCUGGGAUCAACUGGGUGCAGGUAGGUGAGACUAGGCAGAAUAUCAGGCAUUUAUGGAUUAGAUGGGUUGAACAUAAACAUGAGAGAUUUUGCAUGUGGGACUUCAAAGCAACACAAUAGAAAAUGCUGCAGGAACUCAGCAGGCAAGGCAGUACCUAUGGAUAUGAAUAAACAGUCAAUGUUUCAGGCCGAGGCUGUUUAUUCUUGUCUGUAGAUGCUGCCUGUCUUGCUGAGUUCCUCCAGUAUUUUGUGUGUGUUGCUUCAGGUGGGCUGAAGGCCCUGUUUCUGUUCUGCAGUACUCUACGAUUCCAUGACUCUAUAACAUAGCACAAUCCUCACUGAUCUGAAUUGAGGCUAAUGACUCAUUUCACUGCAUGCUCCAUUGUACAUGUGACAAAUAAAGCUAAUACUUAGAUCUUUAAAUCUUCUCCAGUUUUACGCUCAUCAUUCCAAAAUGUGUGUGACCCAUAUGACUGGCAUGUCUGAGGUGCCCAAGGCCGAUCUCACUCCAGUCCAUUAAAACAAAUGGAGACUGCAGGGAAUAUUCUGUGGGUCUGCUGGCAUCUGUGGAGAGAGAAGUAGAGAUGGCAUUUUAGGUCAAAGUAUCAGAGGAGCCAACAUGGCACCAGUCCAUUCAGCUCAACUUAUCCAUGCCUCCCAAGAUGUUGACCUAAGGUCGUCCCCUCUGACUGCAUUUGACAUAGCGUGAUCCACCUUGUAACCUAAAUCUGUCUUUAUGACUUGGAGGUGAAAUGCCCAGUGGUUAAGACUCCACAUCCUUCUCCAAAGCAUCUGCAUCUGUCCUACUGAUGGGAUGCUUCGAACUGCACAUGAAAGCAGAGGAGGCUAUUCGGCCCAUCAGACUUCUGCAGUAACAUAUGGGAUUCUCUGUGGCAUCUCCUUGCACUGUCCGAGGCCAGAUGCCACCACCAAUUUUAUCACUGCGAUCCACCAGAUUUUCGUUUUCCCUUAAUUGAGCACCAUAUCCCAGUGCAGGUGAUUUGGCCCACGAUGUCGUACCGACCUUUUAAUCUGCUCCAUGAUCAAUCUAACACGUCUCCCCAGCAGACAAUAGACCUCCAUAUUUCUUUCAUCCAUGUGCCUAUCUAUGAGUCUCCUAAAUGCCUCCAAUGUACUUGCCUCUACCAGCACUCCCAGUAGUGUGUUCCACCCACCCACCACUCUCUGUGCAAAAAGAGCUUACCUCUGACAUCUCUGCUGUACUUUCCUCCAAACACCUUAAAAUGAUGCCCCCUUGUAUUACCACCAUGGGAAAAAAGUCUCCAGCUGUCCACUCUAUCUAUGCCUCUUAACAUCUUGUACACCUGUAUUAAUUCACCUCUCAUCCUUUGCUCCGAAGGAUCAGGUUUAGUAUCACUGACAUAUGUUGUGAAAUUUGUUGUUUUGUGGCAGCAGUACAGUGUAAUACAUAAUAUAUACUAUAAAUUAGAAUAAGAAAUAUAUUUUUAAAAUUAAAUUGAACAAUAUUAAAAUUAAUAAUUAUCAAUAAUAAUAAAAUUAAAGCCCUAGCGCGCUCAACCUAUCCUCAUAAGACAUGAUCUCCAAUCCAGGCAGCACUUGGUAAGCCUUCUCCGCACCCUCUCUAAAGAUUCCACAUCCUUCCUAUAAUGAGGUGACUAGAACUGAGCUCAGUACUCAAUGUAUGUUCUAACCAGGGUUUUAUAGAGCUGCAACAUGACCUUGUGAUUCAAACCAAUAUCAGCUGAUUAAGAUACCACACCUGGACAGUGAUAUAUUGUUCUGACCACUUUACUGGUUGCAUAUGGAAGAAGGAUGGUCUUUGAAAUAGCUGGGGGGGGGGAAGAGUUCCCCACACAACAGACUUUGGCUGGAAAACUCUCAGAUUGGAACUGACGGGGGUGCUGGACAACAACUAUCAGUACUAUGUGGAAGUGUUACGCACAUAUCUAUAGGGUGCUUAAGACUUUUGCACAGUAGAGUAUUUGUAAAUGUGGACUGGAGAGCGACUUUGUAAAUCUGGCAGAAGCAAAGGAUGUUGAGAAUGGUGAGGGUGGAGUGCCAUGGGAGGGAUGUGUGUCAGGUGGCAGAGAAGGAGUGCCAGGGGUGGGGGUUGGCAUGGCCACUCAUCCCUGAGACACCAAGCAGGGUAAUUUGAUUUCAAAGAAAUGGGUUAUUGAUCAUUACAGAAUGUCUCUUUGGAGUUUCCCUCUUCUUUCUCCUUUUCCAAACCAUGAUUCCCCUCUCCCUGUCCCCUUCCCACUCUCAGUCCACAAUAUAAACGCAUAUCAGAAUCAGAAAUAUCAUCACUCACAUAUAUCAUAAAAUUUGUUUCUUUUGUGGCAGGAGUACGAUGCAAUACAUGAAAUUACUGCAGUGCUGUACAAAAGUCUUAGGCACCCGUAGCUAUGUAUAUGUGCCUAAAACUUUCUCACGUGUGUGUGUGUGUGUGUGUAUUAAACAAGUAGUGCAAAAAGACGAAAAAAUACUGAGGCCCUCCUCUUGAUGAGGAGGAAAUGCAACAUCUCUCCAUAUCAGCACAGAUAAACCUCGAAGACAUGGGUUUAGAGUUAAGAUUUAGAGGGGAUGUGUCGGGGACCUUCCUCACCCAGAGCGUAGUGAGUAGAGUACCUGGAGGAGUGGUGAAGCAGAGGUACUGACAUUGUUUAACAAGUGUCCAGAUGAGCACUUAAUCAGCCAAGGUACAGCAGGCUAUGAGCUGAAUGCUGAAAAAUGGGUCAGGGUGGUGUAGCAGUUAGUGUAAUGCUAUUACAGCACCAAUGACCUGGGUUCAAUUCCCACCGCUGCCUGUAGGGAGUUUGUAUCUUCCCCGAGACCGUGUGGGUUUCCUUCCACACUACAAAGGUGUACGGAAAGGCUCCCACCACCGUCUGCCUGAGACGGCGUGAGUUUCCGAGUGCUUUGGUUCCCGCUCACACACAAAGGUGUACGUGUUAGUAGGUUAAUUGGUCACUUGGGUGGUGUGGGCUCGUUGGGCCGGAAGGGCCUGUCACUGUGCUGUACAUCUAAAUUAAAAAAAAUGGAUUCCACAGGUCAGCAUCAAUAACAUGAGCCGAAUGGUCUGCUUCCAUGCUCUACGCCUGUACGAUGCUAUGAAGCCUAUAGACCAGAGUUUGCAACUUUAGACACACAGUGCUCUGAACGUUUCCUCUUUUGGUCUGUGCUUGCCUUCCAUACUUUUCCAGUAGGUGUCAGAUUUUCCCUUCGGAUAAGAUUCUGCAAGAACCAUGAUGAUUAAGAGCUCCGUCUCACACUGAGAGCUGCUUAGUAUUGUCCGAUAUUAUGAUACAAAAUCAAUACAGCUCUAACGUAGUUGUGUUCCCAUGUGAAGGGUGAGGGGAGUGAGUGCAUCAUGUCAGUGCUAUCUGAUUCUAUCUCUAACCAGUUCUCUUGUGAAACCUUUCCUGUUUAUCAUUCUUUCCUCUUGUUCUCCUUCAAGCAUCUCCUUUAUACCUUAACUUUAAAAUACACUUCCUUCUAAAUAAUCAAACACAUGCAUCUUAUGAAAGAUUAAAGCCUAACUUUUAUUUAAGGGAUACAGUGCGGAACAGGCCUUUCUGGCUGAUCGAGCUACACUGCCUAGCAGCCUACCUAUUUAACCCCAGCCUAAUCAUGGGACAAUUUACAAUGACCAGUUAACCUACUAACCAGUACGUCUUUGGACGGUGGGAGAAAACCGGAGCUCUCGGUGAAAACUCGCGGGGUUCAUGGGGAGAACGUACAAACUCCUCACGGGCGCCACCAGAAUUGAACCCUUAACUCUGAACACUAACUGCUAUGCUACCGUGGAUUUUUCAUUGUUAUUUAAAACUUGUGUACUGCAAGUGGUAUGUUAUCAUUGACCUUAAAUACACGAGAAACACCUCUCCCUCGAAGCUGUGCGUUUGCACGGUCGCGCGGUAACAAACGCUCCCGCGCGCGUAGCCUUUGUUGCUGCGCUUCGGAAUUUUCUUUUAUACGAUGUUACUAUGAAAGUGCUUUGCAGUUUUCGGGCUGUGUAAAGAUCCCCUGCUCAGAGCAAUGGUUGGUCUGUGCAGCUGUAAAACAAAUUAGAUGGAACGUUGAACAGAAGGGAUAGUUUAGCUCGAGGUUAGGUUUCAUAAACCCUGAAGGUUUGAGUUAUGUUCUGUUUUAGUGAACUGAACUAACAACAAUAAAUAGCAAAUUCCCUGUAGUGUAUGGCCGGUGACGCUGGCGAUGUAUGUUAUGUACAUGACUGAUGAUCUCCGUUCCUGUGAUUGGCAUCUGGAGGGUUGCCUCCUUCGGUGCUGUGGGAAGAGAGGGCAAGUCACAUUUCGGUCCACGACCUCCUCUUUUGCCACAAUGAGGCCUCACUCAAGUUGGAGGAGCAACACCUCAUAUUCUGUCUGGUCAGCCUUUAGCCUGAUGGCAUGAACAUCGAUUUCUCCUUCCAGUAAUUUUUUUCCCUUCUCCCUUCCCUCUUCUAUUUGCCUGCAGGUCACAUUGGUGUAAUUGGGAGGCAGGGUCCUAUUAUCGUGCUGUGUCUCUAAAUAAAGAGAAAUAAAAUGGAAGUAAAUUAUGGAAGUUGCUGUCGACCGGUCAGGCGUGAUAGUAGGGUCGAACUUGAGUUUUUUUGCCUUGAAUUGGCCUGCUGCCAUAAAACAACAAAUUUCACAACAUACAGUAUUGUGCAAAAGUCUUGGGCCCAUGUACAUAGCUAGAGUGCCUAAGACUUUUGCACAGCGAUGUAUUUGUCAAUGUGGAGUGGAGAGCAAAUUUGUAAAUCUGGUGAGAACAAACGAUGUCGGGAAUGGUGAGGGUGGAGCAUCGCGGGAGAGGUGGCAGGGAAGGAGAGCUGGGGUGAGAGGUAGUGCUGGUGCAGUCGCACCCAGCCCUGAGGUACCAGAAAAGAUCAUCUGAUUCCAAACAAUUGAUUUAUCGAUCAUCACAGAGUGUCUCUGUCAUGUUCCAUGCUCCCUUCCCUCUCCCUUCCCCCUUUCCCCAACCAUGAUUACCCUCUCCCUGCCCCCUACUCACUCUCAGUCCACAAUGGAGAACCAUUUCAGAAUCAGGUUUAUUGUCACUCACAUAUGUCAUGAAAUUUGUUUUUUUUUGUGUGGCAGCAGUAUAGUGCAAUACAUAAAAUGAUAGAGUACUGUGCAAAAGUUGUAGGAUCCAUGUCCAUAUGUUUUGCUGGAAAUAAACCUGAUUCUGAUUACUGAGUCUUCAAGGCUUUGGCCCUGCCUGGGUUCUGGGGAAGUAAACUCAGGAGAGGUUUAUUUGUUUACACUUCUGGGUGGACUGGCCACACAAUUUCAAAAGUCUGCUCGAAAGGAUGUAAGAAAAUGGAGGGUUACGGCAGUGUAGGAGAGAAGGGUAAGAUUAACCUUGGAGUAGAUUAUUAUCGGCCAGCACAACAUUGUGGGCCAAAGGGCUGGCAGAGUGCUGUAAUGUCCCAUGUUUUAUGUUCAGAUUAGGCUUUAGUCACAUCUCCUCAGCUGACCACUACCAGAGGACAUGUGUUUAAGGUGAGUGGAGGAACGUUUGGGGGAGGAUAUCAGAGGUUAUUUUUUAAACACGCAGUGUCAUGCACUGAUGGGGGUCGUGGUAAAGGCAGAUACAUUAGAGACGCCAAAGAGAUUCGUAGAUAGGCAUAUGGAUGAAAGAAAAAUGGAGCGCUUAGGUUAGAUUGUUCUUGGAGUAAGUCAGCUCUGGUACUAUACGCACUUGACCCACACCAGCUUCUGGGGUUUAGGAGCUCCAGUUCUCCAGAAUAUGGAUUACCGGUGUAGCCCCUUUAAAAAUUUUGGGCCUCUAUGCAAAUUGGCGGCCAUGUUUUGGUGCUAUGCCAGGAGUUUAAUAUUUAAAGUGCACUUGACCUCUGGUUUGUUGCUCAGUUGGCAGCUCGGCUCUAGUUCAGUUUGUGACUGCAUUUUUGGAUUUCUGUCUCAUUUGGAUUCUCGCCUAGCACCUAGUAAAGAACCCUCCUCUCACCUCAAUCUCAAAAUCAUGUCUCAAGUCUAGCCUUGGAUGCACCUGGACUAGGGUCCUUCCCAUCCUCGCCUAGCCAUCUCGUCACAAGUACAACAUCAUGGUCCGAAGGGCCUGUAAUAUGCUGUGCUGUACUGUUCUAUGUUUGGACGAGGCUGGGUUUGAUUCACCAUAUAUAUUGCUUAAUUUCAUGUCAAAUUGAUGGUCUUGUGCAUAAGUAUGGCAUGGUACAGUUACACUACAAAACCAGCAGCAGCAUUCCAAGCAUGUUAAUUCUGACAAUAACACAAAGAGUGUAAUUUUAAGGUGAUUGGAGUGAAGUAUGGGGGAUGUCAGUGGUAGGUUUUUACAGAGUUGUGAAGAUGUAGAACCCUCUGCCAGGGCUGGUGUUAGAGGCUUGUGUUAGAUACACAAGGGGCUUUCAGAAGAUUCUUGAGAGACAUAGGCAGAUGGAUGUAAGAAAAAAUGGAAGUCUAUGGUCUGUGUGCAAAGUAAAAGUUAGAUUGAUCUUAGAGAAGGUUUACAUAGGUCAGCACAACAUUGUAGAUCGAUGGGCCUGUACUGUGCUGAACUCUUCUAUAUUCUAGUUUCAGACUAGACUUUAGUCGCCUGUCCUAACAUCUCCUUAUCUGAUCGUACUGCUAUGACAAUAGGACAUCAAAAGGGGUCUUAGACACAUGAAUGUAAGUUCUGAUGAAGGGUCUUGGCCCAAAACAUUGACUGUUGAUUCAUAUCCAUAGAUGCUGCCUGACCUGCUCAGUUCCUCCUGCAUUUUGUGUGUAUUGCUCUAGGCUUAUGUGGGCUGGUAUGACGUUGUAGGCCAAAGGGCCCGAACGAUGCUGUACUAUUCUGUGAAAGUGGAGAGGUACGUGGUUUAGAGGGAUACAUGCCAAAAGUACUGGAAAGUGGGAUUAGCUCGAAUGUACAUCUUGACUGAUAUGGAUAUAAAGGGCCAAAAGACCUGUUCCGAGCUGUAGUCCACUAUGGCUCUAAAUACAAAAUACACUCAGUGGCCAUUUUAUUAGGUAUACCUGUACGUUAAUGCAAAUAUCUAAUCACCCAAUCAUGUGGAAGCGACUCAGUACAUAAAAGCAUGCAGACAUAGUCAAGAGUGUCAGUUGUUGCUCAGGCUAAACAUCAAAAUGGGGAGGAAAUGGGCUAAGUGACUUUGAUCAUGGAAAAAUGGUUGGUGCCAGAUGGGGUGGUUUAAGUAUCUCAUAAGUUGCUGCUCUCUUGAGAUUUUCAGGCACAGCAGUCUCUAUAGCAGGGGUUCCCAAACUUUUUAAUGCCAUAGACCCCUACCAUUAACUGAGGGGUUUGUGGACCUCAGACUGGAAAACCUUGUUCUUGAGUUUACAAGAAAGCUGCGAUUAGCAAAAAUCAUUCAGUGAGCGGCUGUUCUAUGGGUGAGAAUGUCUUGUUAAUGAGAGAGGUUGGAGGAGAAUGGCCAGACUGGUUCAAGGUGACAGUAAUUCAAAUAACCACAUGUUACAACAGUAGUGUGAAGAAGAGCAUCUCUCAAUGCACAACACUUUGAAUCUUGAAGUGGAUAGGCCACACUGGGUUCCAUUCCUGUACCUAAUAAAGUGGCCACAACAUAAUGGGUGAAGGCCUGUCUGGUGCUGUACUGUUCUGUAUAGGUGACAGGAGUUUAGAGGGAUGUGGGCCAUCUGCUGGGAAAUGAGGUGAGCUGCAAGGUACUUUUAGGCUGGCAUGGACACUGAUGGGCUGAAAGGUCUUUUUCUGUGUUGGAGAACUUUAUGAGUCUUUGAUGGCUCUGGGCCUGUACUCACAGGAGUUUAGAAGAAUGAAGAGGAUCUCAUUAAAAUCUAUCGAAUAUUGAAAGUCCUCAGUAGAGUGGAUAUGGAGGGGAUGUUUCCUAUAGUGGGGGAUCUAGGACCAGAGGGCACAGCCUCCGAACAGAGGGAUGCCCAUUUAGAAUGGAGAUGAGGAGAGUUUCUUUAGCCAGAGGGUGGUGAAUCUGUGGAAUUCAUUGCCAUAGAGGGCUCUGGAGGCCAAAUCAUUGGGUAUAUUGAAAGUGGAGCUUGAUAGGUUCUUGAUUAGUCAGGGUGUCAAAGGUUACAGGGAGAAGGCAGGAGAAUGGGGUUGAGAGGGAUGAUAAAUCAGCCAGGAUGGAAUGGCAGAGCUAAAUCAAUGGUCUGAAUGGCCUGAUUCUGCUCCUAGGUCUUAUUGUCAUAAAUAUGAAAUAUCUGCUCUGUAUUUGGUGCAGUAAGGAAUAAUUUGAGCAGUUAUAGAGUCAUUUUAACAUGGACCGAUAGCUGAUCCAUGUGUAGCUGAGGAUUUGAAGGUAAUAAAAGCAACAUUAUAUUUAAUAAGGAAAAGCACAUUACUGUGGCCUUUGAGCUCUGCAGGAGCACCCGAUGAAUUCCAGGCCAGCUAUGGGUGUUUGUCUUUAUGGGCCACUUUUUGUAUUGUUUACAAUGAAGUUAGUUUAACGGGUGACAGCAAUCCCCAGUUGUACACCGCUCUGGUCCCAGCUACUCAAUCACCGAGGCGGGCCGAUCUCUGUUCAACAGUCAAGCCUUAGACGGGCGUGAGGAAACAGAAGAGAGCGGGUGUUUCUUAUUGACUGUAAUCUGUAAAAAAGCAAUAGCUGUUGGCUGUAUCCUACUUAUAGAUCUCUCUGCACAAUGUAUGCAUCCAUCUAUCUAAAUAUUGUACCUAUGUCUUAAUCACUCUAUCUGUCGAUUCCUGUAUCUAUCUGCAUAAGUUAUUAAUAUUAAAGUGUAUAUAUAUUUAUCCA